AAAUUUCAAAACGGAGGGAAACUAAAACAAAGACUAAAGUCACCAUCGAACUGUAUCUUGGCCAAUGUUUUGCUUUUUUCUAGAAAAGAGUUGCUCUUUAUUUGACAAGGUCAUAAAACGCCAGAAGUAUCACCAAUGUGUGAAAAUUUGGGUUAAGUUGGUGUUUUAUUCAAUGGCCCGAAUUUGUCUUCGUUAAAGAUUCUUGAACUUAGUACAUACGAUUUGGUUCAACGAUUCACCGGUUUCCAUUUAAUGGAUUUUUGCCCAUCUUUGGAAAGCGCUUUCAUUGGUUACCGGGCAAAGGAUAUUUAUGUAAAUGAAUCGAUAAAGAAUUACAAUUUAAGAGAUAUGGUUAUCGAGAAUAUUCAGUCUAGUAAACUUUCGUGGCCACUACUUAAAAAAGUGCUGUCUAAAUUUCCUAAUUUACAUCAUCUAGCGAUCAGACAUAUUGAUCAGCUCGAUGAUAGUAAUGUAGAAAAAUUGAUAAAUUUAUUACCUGAGUUGAAGUUAUUGGACUUGAGAGGAUUCAAGAAUGUGAACCACAAAUCAGCUGAUUUUCUGUCCAAAUUUUGUGUCAACGAGAAUCGAUCAAUUGUAAUUUAUUACAGUUGCAAGAACGAAACCACCGAAUGGCCUAAAUUGGUGGAGACUCACGAACUAAUUUGCUAUGGAUUGGAUUUCAUGAAACAUUGUUUUUAUAAAACCUGGAAAUCACUUCCAACUCUUAUUGAUGAAUAAAAAUCGACUGACUUGAAUGAAUCGAAAAGUCCAACUAAAUCAUGAGGCUGAUUAUUCACUAUGUUUAUUAAAUAUCUACUUAGCAAUUAAAAUCAUCGCAGUACAUUGUA